AUGAGCAUCGUGUCACAAGCAAAAGGUGUUCUGACCAAGAGAAUGGACUGCCACACGGCGGUGCAAGGAGAAGGAUGCUUCGACGAGGUGACGUGGGCCCGAGAGGUCGGCCUCCGCACGCACCCAGACUGGUAUCCGGGUCUCACCGCACAAUCUUCGGUAGCGGACUUCCAGCUUUUGAUUCACGACCAAGAGCCAGGCAAAUGCCCGAUACCUUGUGGUGCACUGCCGCGGCCAAAGGGGUCUCCGGCGGCUGGCAGUCUUUUAGCCCCCACGGAGGGUGGUGGAAGCGUCACCAUAAAGGUGUUGAGCUACAACCUGUUCUGGUGGAACCUCUACGGUGUCCGAGGCGGUAAUGGGGAGAGCGCCGGCCACCUGAUCAAAGCUGAGACCGUGGAGGACGGGCUCUUCGAUGUCAUGGGUUUCCAGGAAUGUGAGAACGGCAUCCGUGUACUGGAACCGGUGGGUUUGAUGGACAGUUAUGAAGUCCUGCAAGGUAUGCACGCCGUAUGCCUCGCCUACCGGAAGGAGGCCUGGCGCCUGCUGUCAAGAGGCAGCAAGGACGUUGGGGAGGAUAUGAAGUCCCACUACUACGGACACCGCGGAGUGGUUUGGAUGCGCCUCGUUCACAAAGCCACUGGCAGAAAGCUACUUUUUGCCAACCACCACGGGCCGCUGGAGGUGAACUCUGGUGGUGCCCGUGGCGGUGACUCCAUCGCCAAGAACCUGAUCGAAAUUCUCCGUAGCAGUUCCGAACCAGGGGAUUCAAUCAUACUGGUUGGAGACUUCAACGCGAACUCGGCGUCCCGCACCAUCCAGGCUCUUUGGUCCCGGAUGGUGCUGCUCUACGGCGGUGGAUCCUUCGGCGGAGUGGACAACAUCUUCGGCAAUAUGGACGCUGCCUCCGUCGUGCGACGCAAGAAUCUGGGCAGCGGAGGCAGCGACCACGAUGCCAUUUCAGUCACGGUGUCCGUGGGAACACCAGCACCGGAAGAGCUGCAGAGGUCGCCGCGCCGAACCGGCGAGGUGCCGAGUGGUGCCCUCCAGGCAACGAAUGCGCUGAAAGUGAAUCCGCCUGGCGACGACUGGCAGCAUUUCUGGUGUGGACAGCUGGAGCCAGAUGUGGGCUAUGUACCUCCACUGGGCAGCUGGUCCCGAGUGAUCAGCCAUCGACCUGAGAUGGGCGACGACUUCGAUGUCGCAGCCCCACAGCGCUGCUGCCGCCUUUGCCAGCGAGAGCCCAGGUGUAAGUCGUGGACCUGGAAAGAGGGAGGGCCUCGACGCUGCGAGAUGUAUGGAGAAGCCCCGAGCAAGAAGGAGUCGAUGACCGGCCAUGUCUCGGGUCUACCAGCCAGUGAAGCAGCACGAGAG